AAAUGUCGUCUGACAUUUCGUUGUUGUUCUCAGUGCAGUGCUGCGGGCUCCUGAUGCAAAGGCUGAACUCAAUGCUCCUCAUUUUACAGCAAUACUAGCGACAAUGCCAGCAACAGCGACAGCAUUACCCAUACAUGCUGCAAGAGCAGCGCACAAAUCCGUGUUUACAAUGACAAUGUGCAGUUCCUAUGGUGAACGCUAGGCUCUGCCUUUAGGGCUGCUCAGACCAGUCGGAAAAUGUUUCCUUAAACAUUAAACGUCCCUUAUUAAGUUAUUUUGGCACAGACAGUUCAAGCAUAGCGCCCAGUAUUUGGACUAUUCCGGCGCUAGGACCCAGCGGAGCCGCGUCUCCCACCGCUGGAGAGGGGAGGCUCCGGAGUCAGAAACCCGACCCCGGAGUGACAGAGUGGCAGAGGCAGGAGACCGGCCAGCCAGGACCGCUACAUCCCAGGAAUAAACUGCAACUGGUGAGCCGACCCGGGACGAGCGGGGACCGUUACACAGACUGCAGCCUCUCCUCACAACCGUAGAGCGAGAAAGAGAGCAGAAAACAAACGGGACUGGAGCGACUAGCGGCCGAGGCGGAGAAAAACUCCCGAACUUCCAAACUCGGGACCUCUAAGAGCUACUGCAAGUCGGGGGAAAAAAGGAACGUCCCACUUCUUUUUCGACGUGCUGUCAUUUCUGGAAAUUGAAGGAAUUAUUAUUGUUAUUAUUCCGACUACAUGAGUUAAAAGAAAAAAGAAAACGUGUGCAUGACUGCGGGCGCAGAUAAUUGAGGGGAAAGGCGACUUAAGAUGCAAUUGCGAUUUUGUAUAUGAAAUUGAACAGUGUACAGUGCGGCACUGGACUGCAUGCAACUAAAUACAUGCGGAAAAACACUGAACCGGGGAGGCGACUUCACUGUGCAAAGCGGACCGGGAAAGCGUUCCGUGCUUCUGAUUAUUACACGCAAGCGAGUCAGUGCGUCGCAGCUGCACAAUCUGAAGAGGAAUUCAACAAAAACAAAACAAAAAACAACUAUUUUUGAGAUCAAGAUAAAGUUGUGCACUGGAUAUAUUAUUAUUAGUUUGAUACUGUGCAAAGCGCAAUAACUGACCUAAAACACAUAUACCCGCUGUAUAUUAAAUCUGAAGAAUUUGAAUAGUUUAUAACAAUACUAUUUUAUUAAAUUAUUAUUAUUAUUAUUAUUAUUAUUAUUAUUAUUAUUAUUAUUAUUAUUAUUAUUAUUAUUAUUUAGGGUAAUUCUUUCCCAAUUUUAUUUAGGCUAUAUAUAUAUAUAUAUUAUAUAUAUAUAUUGGAGAGGGAAGGGACCAGACUGUACGACUGAAGAAGUUAAAUCAACCAUUUCAUUUCCAUAUUAGACCCCUUCCUGUUUCCUACUAUCGAGCGGCGGCUCUGCCUCGGGAGUGCACCCGGGAGAGUAUGGGCUGAUUUCGGGCCAGCUGUGGUGGGAUCGACCGGGAUAAUGCGGGGGGUGACCGGCGGGGCAUCGUUACCGUCGCCGUUCUGGGGGCGCUUUUUCCUCUUGGUCGGGGCGCUCUUGUGGGGGUCCCUGGGAGCCAGCAGCUGCCCGGACCUCUCCACAAGCCGCUGCAUCUGCGUGGACGAGAGCUCCAAGCAGGGACACGUCGUUGCAGCUGUCCGGAAAAAAGUGAUCUGCAGCGGGGAAGACCUGACAGAACCACCGCUGGCGAGUCUGCUUCCAAACCGGACUGUCACUCUGAUUCUUAGCAAGAACCGGAUCAGCGUUCUACGAAACGGGUCAUUUCUGGGUCUGAACGGACUUGAGAAACUGGACCUGAAGAAAAAUCUGAUCAGCACCAUUCUCCCCGGAGCCUUGCAAGGACUGAGCGAGCUGCGCAGACUGGACCUGUCCAAGAACAGGAUAGGCUGCCUGUCUCCCGAUGUGUUCCAGGGACUCCCCAACCUCACCAAGCUGGAUCUGUCUGGGAAUAUCUUCUCCUCCCUGGAGCAGGGGGUGCUGCAGGCACUGGUGUCCCUCAAGCUAGUGGAUUUCAACUCCCCGUUCCUGACCUGUGACUGUGCCCUGCGCUGGGUUCCUGGGUUCUUCCGCAGCAGGGCGGCACGCCUGUCCGAGGAGACGCUCUGUGCCUAUCCCAGCAGCCUCCAGGGCAAACCACUGCGUGGGCUGAGAGAGAGCCAACUGCACUGUGACGGAGUCCUGGAGCUGCACACUCUCUCCCUGCUGCCCUCGCUCCGGCAGGUCGUGUUCCAGGGGGAUCGCUUACCUCUGCAGUGCACCGCCGCCCUACUGGACAACAGCACGUCAGUACGCUGGCGGCACAACGGCCACAGCGUGACCUCCGACCCCGAGGCGGGGGUGUGGUUGGAGGACAGUGUGCUACACGACUGCACCCUCGUCACCAGUGAGCUGAUCCUGUCCAGCGUGCGCGUGGCAGCGAACGGGAAGUGGGAGUGUGUGGUGUCCACGGAGCGAGGGAACGUGUCCCGCAGCGUGGAGGUCGUGGUGCUGGAUUCCAGCACCUCCUACUGUGUAGCUGAGAGAGUGACCAACAACAGGGGAGACUUCAGGUGGCCUCGCACUCUGGCCGGCAUCACCGCCUUCCAGCCCUGCCUGCAGUACCCCUUUGGGUCUACCUCAACGAACGGGGGCGCCAGUGAGAAGAGGGCCCUGCGACACUGCAACAGGGAGGGGAGGUGGGAGGAGGGGGACUAUGGGCAGUGCCUGUAUACCAGCGACAUCACGAGGGGGCUGUACACCUUCGUCCUGAUGCCGAUCAACGCCUCGAACGCUCUGACGCUGGCCCUCCAGUUGCGCGUGUACACGGCCGAGGCCGCGAGCUUCACAGACACUGUGGACGUGCUGUACGUGGCACAGAUGAUGGAGAAGUUCAUCGGAUACGCGGAGCAGAUACGAGAGCUCUCGGAGGUGAUUGUGGACAUGGUCAGUAACAUGCUGCAGGUAGAUGAGCUGGUGCUGUGGAGAGCGCAGAAGGAGGAGCGAGCCUGCAGCUCCAUUGUCCAAUCACUGGAGAGGAUCGCAGGGCUGCGGCUGCACCGCAACGCGCAGGACCUGAGCAUGAGCUCCAGGAACAUCGCUCUGGAAGCAUACCUGAUCAAGCCGUCUCGCUACACGGGGCUGAGCUGCACCGCGUUCCAGCGGCGGGACGGGACAGGACGGGCUCACGAGCAGCAUCUCCGAUUCCGCUGCACGAUUGGAGCAAACAACGCAUCCCUGCACGACUUCCCUGUCAAGAACGGCGUUGGCCUGGCCUCCGUCUUGCUGCCACCCACCCUGUUCCACCCCAACACCCCCCAGGACUGCAAGCUCCAGUUCCUGACCUUCCGAAACGGGAGGCUCUUCCCCAGCACAGGGAACAGCAGCGGGCUGGCGGACCAGGGCCGGAGACGCAGCGUCAACACCCCCGUCAUCUACAUCGGCAUGGAUGGAUGCUCAAUGUGGACCCUCUCAGACCCGGUCACUGUGUCCCUGCGUCACUCCUCCCCCGGCUCAGACCCGGUUGCGGCUCACUGGAGCUUCGAAGCUGUGGACGGGCAGGGGGGCUGGAUCCAGGAAGGGUGCCAGCUGACCCACAGUGACCCCAACAUCUCCACUCUGCGCUGCACUGACUUCAGCAACUACGCCGUGCUGCAGGAGCUGAGUGAUUAUUCCAGCCCGCCGCAGUCACCUAUGGAAGUGCUCCACCCCGUCAUCUACACCUGCACUGCCAUCCUGCUGCUGUGCCUGUUCACAGUCAUCAUCACACACAUACUGCACCGCAGCUCAAUUGGUAUCUCCAGGAAGAGCUGGCACACUCUGCUCAACCUCUGCUUCCACAUCGCCAUGACGACAGCCGUGUUCGCUGGGGGCAUCACCCUGACCAGCUACCCCACCAUCUGCCAGGCUGUAGGCAUUGUGCUACACUACUCCACUCUCUCCACGCUACUCUGGAUUGGGGUCAGCGCCCGGGUCAUCUACAAGGAAGCCAUCUGGCAGUCUCCACGGCAACCUGAGGGCGAGCAGGCCACACCCACCCAGCGGCCCAUGCUCAGGUUUUAUUUAAUUGCGGGCGGGGUUCCUCUGAUUAUCUGUGGAAUCACAGCGGCCGUCAACAUCAAGAACUACGGAGACUCAAAAUCAUACUGCUGGCUCGUGUGGCGGCCCAGCCUAGGCGCCUUCUAUGUCCCAGCAGCCUUCGCGGUGCUGGUGAGUUGGGUCUAUUUCCUAUGCACCUUGUCCAGCCUGCGGGGCCGUGGGGAGGGGGGUAGGAAGGAGCUUCCUGCGGCUUCCACCUCCUCCUCCUCUUCCUCCUCCUCCACCUCCACGUGCUCCCCCACUCCCGAGGCUUGCCGCUCUAGUCUGCUCUCCUCGGACUCCGCGGAGGGGGGGGCAGUGCACAUCAGGCCGGCCCUGGAAGACCAGCACUCCCUGAGGGCCCGCUUCAUGGCCGUGGUGUGCACCCACGUGCUGUUCAUGGCUCUGUGGAGUUUGGGGGCGCUGGCAGUGUGGCGGGGGGGAGGGGAGGGGGUGCUGUUGUUCAGCUGCCUGUACGGCGUCACGGCUGUCGCGCUCGGCCUCUUCCUGCUGGUGCAUCACUGCAUUAGGAGGCGGGACGUCCAGGCUCAUUGGCUCGCCUGCUGCUGCUGCCCCUCCAGACGAGCACGGCUCAUGCAGGCCUACCUCGGCCCCGCCCCCCUCGAGUCGACGCCCACCAAUUCAUCGCCCAGCCUGUUGAACCCGGGGCCCUGCAAGCUCACAAACCUCCUCCAGGUGACGCAGUCAACAGCAGGGGCUCCUGGGGGCAACAGCAGCGGCAACGGCAAUGUGUCAUCUGUGUGCUGCAGCCUCGCAGACAACCACAGCAAGCACUCCAAUAACAACCUGCAGCAGCAGCACCCUCUGCUUCCCAUUAUAGGAACUACAGCACAGCAGCAGCAGCAAAGGAGGUCACACAAGCCAGGAGGUAGGACGAAGCAAACCGCAACACUCUAUCACCACCGCGGCGGGGAGGGCAAGCCUCACCACAGGAUCAAAGUGACCAAGGGGGGGGCCUUGGAACUGCUGCCGUCGACACACCACACUCAGAGACCUGCCCCCUCCUCCAGCGAGAGCGGCAGCCUCCCCAACAGCCACUCGGAGAGCCGGGCCAGUCCGCUGCCCAACAGCCACUCGGAGAGCCGGGCCAGUCCGCUGCCCAACAGCCACUCGGAGAGCCGGGCCAGUCCGCUGCCCAACAGCCACUUGGAGAGCCGGGCCAGUCCGCUGUGUAGCAGCCACAGGGAGGCACCGGUGGAGGCCAGCACAAGCCCGUCGGAGGGCAGCGACGGGGGGGGCAGCGGGACACAGAAGCCCUUCCCACUGGUGCUGCUGUCCUCAACCAGGGCACCGACGGUGCCAUGCCAGGGAGCUCAGAGGCGUAGCGUCAGCAGAGAUAACCUGAAGACAGCUGCCUCGCCUGAAAGAGAGGCCAAGCGCAGCUCCUACCCACUCAACAUGGCCGUCCUGCCCCCCGCUCCCCCCAGCGCUCACAAUGGGUUCCAGCUGGAUCUGAGCCCCAUGGCGCCCUCUGCAGGAGUGGAGGGGAUGAGAGGGGGAGUGUGGAAGAGUGAGACCACUGUCUGAAACAAAGACAAAGUGAGAGAGAGACUGAGAGGAACUGGGGUUGCGUCUGAAGCAUCACCGAAUCGUUAAACUGAACAAUCCUAUUCAGUUGUACAGGCAAGAAUGAUAUUGUAAUCCCCGUAAUUCAACUUUAAUCCCAGCUACAAAAACAAUAUAUAUAUAUAUAAAUACGAUAAAUAAAGUAAUGAAGAAUGGGAUGCUUGCAGUAAUUCAGCAGUUUGCCUAUAGCACUAUUUACUGUUUCAGUUUACCAUGUAGUUUUCACAUAUUUCAAUAUUUUUUAAUGAAGGGUGGACAUAUAGACAGACAGAGACAGAUUAAGGGAAGAGACAGACCCUACACACAGCAGAUCCACUAAUUCUGCAGUUGAAGAGCAGUACAGUGUUUGGAUUUGUGCUGAUCGCCAUAUGUGAACAAUAGAAGCUACGAAAAAGCUGUCUCUUUUUCACACAAUUACAGAAUAAUGAAGACAUAGACGAGACAGAAACUUGGGUCUACGAACAAUACUAUACAAGACUGCGAUUUUAUUAUAUCGAAUUGAGCAAACCAUGCCGUCCAAACACAAGACAGACAAUCAAAAACAAACAACUCAGGCACUUCCAGAAGACAGCUAUAUAAUAUAUAUAUAUAUAUAUAUAUAUAUAUAUAUAUAUAUAUAUAUAUAUAUAUAUAUAUAUAUAUGUGCCCCCAGGCGAGAAGGGGAGUCCGAUGGGAAUGUUCGCAUGUUUGUGUGGCGGUGCUGCCUUGCCAGUGUGUAAGUAGAGGGGUGGUGAGAAAGAGAGAGAGCGGGUGGGGUGGAGGGGUACAGCAGGGGCACCCUCAAACCCAAUGGGCUCAUUCCUGUAGGGUGCAUUCUGAGCAGCUGAUUGUCUAGUACAUAAAUGAGAUCACUAACCCCCAGACCUAAUACAAGCACCAUGCUUUGUGUGCGUUAACAACUUAACUCUCUUAACUAUUGGAGCAUGCAACACACACACUAACUUCUAAACAGAAUGCAUGUUUUAUUGGGACCAAGUUAAUAGAUACUGUAUAUUCCAUUCCCUACAGUACGGUUUAUAUAAUAAUUAACACACACAAGUUUAAGUUGUUUCCGUCCUUUUGUUACCAUCCCAGGUUAGUCAGACACUGCCAAGUACCGUCCAGUGCAAAAAAUAAAUAACAUUAUAGCAUCCCGUGCUGUAUGUCAUCUCUACAGUCUGGUCUCAGACCACGGCAGUUUAAAUACCCUAAAUCUUUAUCGUGCUCCUGGAGAAAUCUGCAUAUUCUCAAAUGGAAAAGUCAAAUAGCUCCACCCAAUAUUAAUGGGACAAGGGGCUAGUGAUAAUGCUAAUUAAGGAGCUAAGAAAUGAGAUUUUAAAGCUUUGGUUAACACCACUUAAAAAAGGGGACCAGUGAUGAUGUUGCUGGUGCUAUAAGAGGUAAGAAAAUGCAUUUUGACAGCUUGGUUAGCAUGCCUCUAAACGGGGGGAAAAUGUUGCUGGUAAUAAGAGGCAGGACUAUUUAAACCAUUAGUUUAGCACUCCUCGGAAGGGGGUCAGCUUUAAUGUUGCUAGUGCCAACAAGAGCGCACCAGCACCUAUGGGCGUCCCACCAACUCUCACUACUGUCCCUGUCAACGCACACUGGCAGGCAAGGCAUCCCCAUUCCUGCACACCGAGUCAGUAUUAACAAGCUCUACAUGGCUGAUGUAGUUCUAGUGUUGUUUCCUCCAGUAUUAUUGUGUUGAGUGUUCAUAUCCAGCAUGCAAUGAUAUGCCUUUUUGUUCUUCUUCUCAUUUAUUAUAACAAGUGUUAGAAGAUUCUCAGUAUUAUCCCUCGUAGAGUAGGUAGCAUGUAGUAUACUGUAUACUGCACGCAGCCAGAACACUAUGAGAAAUGCCUUUAUAUAUGUUAAUAAUAUAACUAUGCCACAUUGUGUUCAGGGAAAAAAAUAAUAAUCAUGAAUUAAAUGUGCCAAAGAAAAAAAAAUAUGGAUAGAAAAGAUGCUUCAGAUUUUUUUUUGCAAAGCAAAUCUAUUUUGUAAAUAUUUUGUAUUAUUUUGAAUGAAUACUGUGAAAUCUCCCUCCCCUCCCCAUGUGCAUGGAUAGAGAUCCAUUGAAAGACAUUGUGCCUCUGUGUUACACUUACAGUAACAGGACGCAGCUACACACCUGCUAUUUACAAAGGUGCAUGAGCCCUCUUCAUUCUAUUAUUUAUUUUUAGCGUUAUCACAAGUUAUAUUUUCGUAACUUUAAACACUCGCCCAAGAACAGAAUUAUAUUUUUAAACGUAUGACAGGGAGAUUCCUAUUGCAUAGCAGGUUCACCCAGUCCAGCUUUUAAUACAAGCUUGACAAGGUAACUUAAACUCCUAGUGAAGCCAGGAAUGGAUCCAACUGCUUAUUUCCACACCUUUUAAAAAGUGCCAAAUAAUAAAAACAAACUAAAACAGAAGUGCGCAAUUAUUUGAUGCCACCACUGUAUACAAAUACAAAACUGAGUUAUCUGUCACAGGCGUUUGUUUUGUUAUUUGGUUCUUUUGAACAGCCGCUGUAAGAAAUUGAAUUAUAAGGGACAAUCGUAAAACUGUGAAACUUAAAAACAAACAAACAAAAAAAAAAAAUCUCUUUUGUCCAGUAUUUGUCUGCUAGAGUUACACGUUUCUUUGUUCUAGUUGCUCACAGUAAUGGCUCGUGGCAGCGGCAGUGCUAGACAGGGUGGGGGUCCCUUCCUGUUUUUCCAAUUCCAGUUCCAAUUCCUACAGAGCCAUAAUAAUUGUUGUGCUUGUUCAACUGCUUUCAUUUGAAGCCAGUUGAACGGACUAACACAGUGACUUCAAUUGAAGUGAUUUGUUGCCACUGUGAGCUCAUUUUAACUAAAUACGGCUAAUUGCAAUUGUGAUCAGUGCUGUGUUGGAAUUGAUUAAAAGGGAAUGGGAAUUGAUUUUAAAAAGGAAUUGGAAUUGAAACACAGGAAUGGCCCCCGAACCUGGUUCUAGAAUGUUGUUGCCUGUCGUUUCGGGCUCCACCAGCAGCCAAGACUCACUGCUCUAUUGGAAAGGGUUUCCACAGUAGUGAAUAGUUAUAGACCUGGAUUUGGGGAAAGCAGAAUCGCUCACAGAUCUCGGGGGUGGAUUCACAAAGCACUUCUAGGAAGCACAUUGUUAACCCUGUUUAUCACAGGAUUUUUGCAGUUUUCCCCAUGGUUAUACUGCACAUGUUUAUUGUUUACAUUACAGCCUAUGCUUUACCAGGCCUUCACUAUUACACGCUGUUGUGCUUUUACUAUGGGAAACUUGUAUAAGAGAAAUCCAAUUGAAUUCCAUGAAAGUAAACGUGUCUUUUAAUCUUUCAGACUAGCUGCAAGUCCUGUGGUAUAUUAAAAUGCAAUACUGUCUCGUCGCUUUAGGCCCCAGCGCCCCUUAGUGGUGCGCUUCUGUUACUACAAGGAGGGAGAUUUCACAACCAAAAUUUGUGUAUUUAUAUUUUUUAUGCGAUGCCGCUUAAAAUUUAUAACAAAAUGAUCAUUACUUUUCAUGUUUUCAUAGUUUUGGUUUGGUUUUUCAUAAUAUAUUUGUUUAUUUUAGUAAAAGUAACCCAGACUGGGUUCAGUGCCUUAAAGAAAUGUAUUUUGUGGUUUGUUUUUUGUAUAAUAAUAAAACAACAGUUUACGCUUUUAAAAAUGUU